AUGGAGGCCCAUUUGCUCCAAGUUCACCGCGAUAUCGAAGCAGCAAUUCCGGAUGCCAAUUUUGACGGUCUCGCAGUGUUGGAUUUUGAAAGUUGGCGGCCACUGUGGUUCCUUAAUUGGGGCUCAAAAAGGAUCUACAAAAACGAAUCGAUUGCAUACGUGCUACAGCGAUUUCCACAUUUGAGUCGUAAAAGUGCAAAAAGUAUAGCUGCAAUUGAAUUUAAUGUAGCUGCUGCCGAUUUUCUAAGGCAAACGAUUCGCUAUGGUUUGUCUAUGCGACCAUUUGCCAAAUGGGGUUUUUAUGGAAUCCCCUAUUGCAACUAUGAUGCUGGACAGCUCAGUGAAACUGAAUGCAGUGAAGAUUUCAAAAAUUACAAUGACAGGUUUGACGAGAAUUUGAUUGAGUUGUAA